CCGGCUCCGGUUUGUCGGCUACAACUUCAUAACAUUUUCAAUAGUCAACUGACUUAGGUAGAAGUUGGAUACCUUGAAGUUUAUUGCUCGGUGGAAACGUUGUUUAUUCUGGAUAAAACAAGGCGUUUUGAUUAGGACAGCUGUCAUUUUGAAGUUCGUUUCAGUUGACACACAGAUGUAAGUGAAUGACAGUCUGUUUCUCAUUUGAGCGUGAGUGUACGACUGACCGACUAACUAUUCAGAACCCGCUGAGAUGGCAGUCGGAUCCUAGUCUAACUAAGCCUGUGAGCAGCUGGAGACAGAGCGAGGGAGUGACGGACAGAUCGAGUCUCCAAAACAGAAGAUGGGUGAAAAGGAUGAUGAGAGGAGCGCCCAGGCAGGGCAGCUCUUUGAGAACUUUGUCCAGGCGUCCACAUGUAAGGGCACUCUGCAGGCCUUUAGUAUCCUAUGCAGGCAGAUGGAUCUGGACCCGCUGGACUACAGGAACUUCUACAGCAACCUCAAAGCCACGGUCACCAACUGGAAGGCCAAGGCCCUCUGGACCAAACUGGACAAGAGAGCCGGCCACAAGGAGUACAAGAAAGCCAAAGCCUGUGAGGGCACCAGGUCUUUGAUCAUUGGAGGAGGGCCCUGUGGCCUGCGCACAGCCAUAGAGCUGGCUCUGCUGGGGGCCAAGGUGGUGGUGAUUGAGAAGAGGGACACCUUCUCCAGAAACAACGUGCUCCACCUGUGGCCCUACACCAUCCAUGACCUCAGGGGCCUCGGGGCCAAGAAGUUCUAUGGCAAAUUUUGUGCCGGAGCCAUAGACCACAUCAGUAUUCGCCAGCUCCAGCUCAUGCUGCUGAAGGUCUCCCUCAUCGUGGGAGUGGAGGUCCAUGUCAACGUGGAGUUUGUUAACCUGCUGGAACCACCGGACAACCAGGAGAAUGAAGGGCCUGGAUGGAGAGCUGAGGUUAGACCAUCAAACCACCCCCUCACUGACUAUGAAUUUGACGUGGUGAUCGGUGCGGAUGGACGCAGAAACACGCUAGAUGGUUUCAAGAGGAAGGAGUUCCGGGGUAAGCUGGCCAUCGCCAUCACAGCCAACUUCGUCAACAGGAACACCACGGCCGAGGCCAAGGUGGAGGAGAUCAGCGGAGUGGCCUUCAUCUUCAACCAGAAGUUCUUCCUGGACCUCAAAGAGGAGACAGGGAUUGAUCUGGAGAACAUUGUGUACUACAGAGACAACACACACUACUUUGUGAUGACUGCAAAGAAGCAGAGUCUGCUGGACAAGGGGGUCAUCAUUCAUGAUUACAUUGAAACAGAGAAGCUGCUGGGCCAAGACAACGUGAACCAGGAGGCUCUUCUCUCCUACGCCCGUGAGGCGGCCGACUUUGGCACCAACUACCAGCUGCCCUCUCUGGACUACGCCAUCAACCACUGCAACCAGCCCGAUGUGGCCAUGUUCGACUUCACCUGCAUAUACGCCUCAGAGAAUGCGGCGCUGUUCAGGGAGAAGUGCGGACACCAGCUACUGGUGGCUCUGGUGGGGGACAGUCUACUGGAGCCCUUCUGGCCCACGGGGACAGGCUGUGCUAGAGGGUUCCUGGCUGCCUUUGACACGGUGUGGAUGGUGAGGGGCUGGGCGCAGGGCAAGACCCAUCUGGAGAUCCUGGCAGAAAGGGAGGGCCUCUACAGGCUAUUACCCCAAACAACGACAGAGAACAUCUCAAAGAACUUUGAUCAGUACACCAUAGACCCGGUAACACGGUACCCCAACCUCAACUCCAGCUGUGUCAAGCCACAUCAGGUGCGUCACCUGUUCAUAGACGGGCAGCAGGACUCCUGUACUCUGGAGCGGGGUGGACCCACACGUAGUUCUGUCAAUCUCUCCAGACGAGAGUCGGACAUCCGGCCCAGCCGCCUCCUCACCUGGUGUCAGAAGCAGACACAGGGGUACAGGGGUGUGGAUGUAACCAACCUCACCUCUUCCUGGAAGAGUGGCCUGGCACUCUGUGCUCUUAUACACCGCCUCCGGCCAGACCUCAUUGAAUUUGACUCCCUGAAUGAGAAGGACUCGGCCAAGAACAACCAGCUGGCCUUUGACAUAGCAGAGCAUGAGUUUGGUAUCCAGCCUGUGACCACGGGGAAGGAGAUGGCUCUGGACCAGGACCCAGACAAGCUGAUGAUGGUGCUGUACAUCUCCAAGCUUUACGAGAUGUUCCGCAACUCGCCUGCAUCCAUCACUGGUACAAGGGAAACGGAUGAGAACAACAAAGCGUAUUCAUCGGAGUCUGCAUACUCGGUUUACAACUUAAUGAACCGAACACAGCCCAAAAAAAGGAUCCCAAAGGAUAACGGUAAGCUGGAGGAGAACGACCCGAUGAACAAAAGACGAAGAAAGGGCAGCACCUAUUUAGAGGAGUUGUCCUGUCAGAGUGCCCCCCCUGCAGGUGACGGCGGGGAGCAGAAUAAAGUGCGCUCAAUGGCCACACAGCUACUGGCCAAGUUUGAGGAGAAUGCAUCGCCCGGUAGUUCCCUGCGCAAUAAGUCUGAUUUGAACUCAGACUCUGAUUCAAGCCGUCCUUCAUCUCCUUCUCUGGAUAUGAUGGCGAACCGUCGCUUCGCUAAGCCCAAGGAACAGCCCCCUCCCUCGCCUCCACCCCCACGCCCCAAGUGGCAGCCGUCUAUCUAUAUGCGACUCUUAGAAGAGCCUGCAGCCGUGGCGCAACCGACUCCCCUUCCCAUUCCAACAAGGUCCUGGAGUCCUCCUCAUGAUGAUCAAACGCAGGCCUAUCCGCGCGCAGACUUGGUGCAGCAGAGAGUGUGGAUUCCACACACCGAAACCCCAGAUGAUGUAGAUUACCCAGAACAACCUUCUCCUGACCCCACAGGGAUGGGCCAGCGCCUAGAGAAGCUGGAGCAAAAGAUGAGCCAGAAAAAAUUGCAAUCCGUAACUCCCGGGGAAUUUAACAGGAAGAGUAUAAAGGAGAGGGCUGUGCUUCUGCGUUCUAUGUUUCCUGAGUCCGAGACUCCUCUAGUGAAAGAGUAUAAGACGGAUCGAUCUGCCUUUGUUUCUAAAAUCACUUCAAUACACCCUGUCCCUGAACCGUCUGCCCUUUCUUGCUUCUCUUCUCUUACCCCAACAUCUCCUGUGCAUCAUUACAAGUGCACUGGGAGUGCUGCACCAAGCGUAAUGAUUAAAAAAACAAUUGAUCAAUCUGAAAGCUGUCCUGCUGAGCGCUCUAAGCCUGCCAAACAGAGGACAGUUGGGAAGGUCUCUUCUCACAUAGGUGCUAGGGCUGAAACUCUAGCCGUCCUUUAUGAAACUGACCACAGGCCUAAUGCCUUGCCGUGUAUCGUGCGGAAGGAGAUCCCUCAGAACCUGGGAGGCAGUGACACGUGUCACUUCUGCUCCAAGCGUGUGUACGUGAUGGAGCGACUCAGCGCCGAGGGCCACUUCUUCCACAGGGAGUGUUUCCGCUGUGACGUCUGCAGCUCCACACUACGCCUGGGAGGACACGCCUACGACUCCCAACACGGCAAGUUUUACUGCAAGCCUCAUUAUUCUCAGCGUCGGUCCAGCCUACAAACUUCAAGCAAGUUCUUGAGGAGAACGACGCAGGAGGGCCAGGGACGUCUGAUGUCUUCGCCAGACCGGAGUGACCCCUACUCGGCCACGGACAGCCUGCAGAGCCAGCCCUCAGGGUACACAGGCCUGUUGAAUGGACUGUACACCCGCAUGGUGCCUGAGGUGGCAGAGGAGGAGGCCGUGGACCUGGACAUGCCUGACUCCAACAGGACUGCCGACUCGAAGAAACAGGACAACUCGAAUACUUCUCUCCAAGCACAAGAUUCUGCACAAGAGAAGAAAGAACCUUCCGGUUCCAAUUCAUCUCUCCUGUCUGGGAACAGCCGAUGGAAGAGGAAGAUCCGCGCUACUCUCCCUCUCAUCCUGGUGAGACACUUCUCACAUGAAAACGCUACAGAAAAAGAGGAGCCCAUCAUUGAAGAGGCCAACUUUGAUUUCAACGUGAUUGAACCACCACAGGUCUCCCAUGAUGGUCCUAAACUACCUCCAGAUUCUCCGAAUCAGAAUCCAUCGAUGGGUAAAGAAGCGCCUCCUGUCACCAAAGUGCCACAGCUGGAGGAAGCAGUCGGCCCAAAAAAGAGGCUGACCCUGUCCCUGUCUGAGAAACAGAAGCUCCUAGACUGGAACCUGGUUACUCCAGAAGAGGCCCGAAGCCCUGGAGGAGGAGACCCAUCCAAACACUCCAAACCUCAGGACCAGAUCCUCCAGAAGGACCCAUUGCCUCAGGUAGACCCAGAGGCAGAGCCAGUCCCAGCUCAGCCCCAGCCGACAACGUCCAUGUUCCAGAUUUGGGCAAAUGUCUUCAGAAGAUCUUUUGGAGUACCAGGGACAACCACAGACUCCAACACAGUUGUCACCAGGAGGAACAACAACGGGCCCACCAAGCCCAGGCCUCUGUCUGACGGCGCCUUCAGCUUUUACUCCCUGUUUGGGGCUACUGCCCAAAGCCAGGAGACCGAGCCAGUGGGAGUGGGUCAGAAGAGCCAGCCGACCCCACACCCACGCAAGGCCUCCAUGGGUGAUAGACCCGCAGACCUGCCCACGCUACUGGACCAGGUGUCCCUAGGCAGCAACAAGUCCGUGGGAUCCUUCACCACAGACGACAUGGCCUCACUGCCACCCAGGAAGCUCAACUUCUGCUCCUACCUUAGGCUGAAGAAGAGAGAGGGGCCGGAGAGCGUGGGAGCGGGGGUUCUGGAGAAGGACAUCACGACCAUCCUGUCCAACAUCAGGAACAAAGCCUCCAGCGAACAGCAGAAGGAUGAUUCCAACUCCUCAAGUGACGAUGAGCUUGUCCCAGCCAAACCUUUGUCCCAGCCGAAGAUCCAUGGGCGCUCAGAGAGACAGAGGAGGAGGCAGGAGAAGACUGUGAUUCAACAGGACAAGAGAGAGCAGCUGAAGAGACUCCACAGAGCCCAGGUCAUACAGAGGCAGCUGGAGGAAGUGGGGGAGAAGCAGAAGGACCUGGAGGAGAGAGGGGUGACCAUUGAGAAGGUCCUUCGAGGCGAAUCCCCAGACAAAGGUGAUGGUCUCUCUGAUGAGCACGAGCUCCUUCAAAUGUGGUUCAAGCUGGUCCUGGAGAAGAACAGACUGACACGCUACGAGGAGGAGCUGGUCAUAUUUGCUCAGGAACUCGAGCUGGAGGACAGACAAAGUCAACUACAGAUGGAUCUACGAUGCAGGAUGUCCAUAGACGAUUCCAGGAAGAGCUCCGGUGAGCUGGCGGAGGAACAAGAGAUGCUGACAGAGAUCAUGAAGGUGGUGGAGAGGAGAGACACUCUGGUCAGCCUGCUGGAGGAGCAGCGGCUGCAGGAGAGGGCUGAGGACAGAGACCCGGAGAGCCUGGUACUGUCUAGAGGCUACCAGUUCCACUGGACCUGAAGAGAAUCAGCCCUCUGGGGCAGGGAAAAGGCUACAGCACCAUGCAGCUCCACAGGCAGAAGAGACAAGUGACUUCACUACUAGUGACUACCCUACUGGAUUUGGCCGCACGUGGCAUGAUGACUCUUUUGAAUAUGUAUAUCAAUUUGACUUGUCAAUUCCUACUUGAGGACCACACCUCUUAUGGACCUGAGGGUUGUAUGUCAAGUGUCUGUAUAGGCUAGUCUCUCGAGACAGCCUUCAGAGAUUACUGUAUGCCUUACCAAGAAAACCUCUGAAUGUAUACAGCCUUAUAAAUAGAAUAAUAUAAAACACUUUGUCAGUUGCACUGGAAAGCACUUAUAAACACUACAGAAACCCAAAGAUUCAGCCUAUCAAAUGUGUUUUCCCUCUCAAAGAAAGAUAUUGCUUAUGUACAGUACCAGUCAAAAGUUUGGACACACCUACUCAUUCCAGGGUUUUUCUUUAUUUUUACAAUUUUCUACAUUUUAGGGAAGACAUAAACUAUAAAAUAACACAUAUAGAGUUUUAUAUUUGAGAUUCUUCAAAGUAGCCACUAUUUGCCUUGAUGACAGCUUUGCACAAUCUUGGCAUUCUCUCAACCAACUUCACCUGGAAUGCUUUUCCAACAGUCUUGAAGGAGUUCCCAGGUCGGGUGACUUGUGGAGGCCAGGUAAUCUGAUGCAGCACUCCAUCACUCUCCUUCUUGGUCAAAUAGCCCUUACACAGCCUGGAGGUGUGUUGGGUCAUUGUCCUGUUGAAAAACAAAUGAUGGCCCCACUAAGCUCAAACCAGAUGGGAUGGCGUAUCGCUGCAGAAUGCUGUGUAGCCAUGCUGGUUAAGUGUGCCUUGAAUUCUAAAUAAAUCACUGACAGUGUCACCAGCAAUGCACCCCCACACCAUCACACCUCCAUGCUUCACGGUGGGAACCACACAUGCAGAGAUCAUCCAUCUCACAAAGACACAGUGGUUGGAACCAAAAAUUGCAAAUUUGGACUAAUCAGACCAAAGGACAGAUUUCCACCGGUCUAAUGUCCUCAUGAGAGCCAGUUUCAUCACAGUACUUGAUGGUUUGACUGCACUUUAAGAAACUUUCAAAGUUCUUGACAUUUUCUGAAUUGACUGACCUUCAUGUCUUAAAGUAAUGAUGGACUGUCAUUUCUCUUCGCUUAUUUGAGCUGUUCUUGCCAUAAUAUGUACUUGGUCUUUUACCAAAUAGGGCUAUCAUCUGUAUACCACCCCUACCUUGUCACAACAACUGAUAGGCUCAAACGCAUUAAGAAGGAAAUAAAUUCAACAAAUUAAAUGAACAAGGCACGCCUGUUAAUUGAAAUGCAUUCCAGGUCACUACAUCAUGAAGCUGGUUGAGAGAAUGCCAAGAGUGUGCAAAGCUGUCAUCAAAGCAAAGGGUGGCUACUUUGAAGAAUCUCAAAAAUGAUUUUUAAAAAAAAAUCUGUUUAACAUGUUGUUGGUUACUACAUGAUUCCAUAUGUGUUAUUUCAUAGUUUGAUGUCUUCAGUUUUAUUCUACAAUGUAGCAAAUUGUGAAAAUAAAGAAUAACCCUUAAAUGAGUAGGUGUGUCCAAACUUUUGACUGGUACUGUAUAUAUGUUCAUUGAUUCUUGAAGAAUAUAACUUAUAAAUGCCUCAUGAGCUUAGUUCAACUGUCACACUCCAUGAGAACCCAAAAUAUAAGCUUGUUUUUCUCCAAUGUUUGUAAACAAUGUAAAUGUAAACUAACACUGUAUAACCUCAUAACAUGGCUAAAACAAUCAUGUUGAUAUCAUGGAUGGUCAGUCCUUGCAUCCAUAGCUCUGUCUGUUAUUCUGAGAGUGGUUACAUUUCUCCAGGCCCAUCCCUCAGCUUUUUACCAAAACAGAGGCGGGAUGGCCGUUUAUUUGUUUUAACUGUGGAUUUGCCCUUUAAACAACUGCAUAUUAUCAAGAUAUCAAAGUAUGCCAACAAAAAGUUUAACAAUAGGCCUAUUGCAAAUGUGGCAUUCAUAUUUAUAUAAUAUAAAUAUGGAAUUCAUUUUUCACAUGUAAAUAGCACUUUUCAGUAGUGCUCAAACCAUGCAAUUCCAUGAAAGCAGCAUUUAUUUUUCAACUCGAAUCAAUGAGCCCAAUCAGUCCUCCAUGACAACAAAAUCAUAAACAACAGAGUAGGGGUGGCUAAUAAGUCCUUAGUUUUGGGGUCAUGCUCAGGUUAAACAAUUUGGCUAAUCUAUACUUCCAUAUUUCCAAGUCCUAUUCUUGAAGAUCAAGGUGUAUAAUAUUUAUUGGAAUGACUGGAAUUCUGAUAGACUUUGGUUUUUAAUGUAAAGAUAUAAUUUAAUCGUAUUAUUAUGUGUAGUAGAAAGUGAUGGAUUAGAAGAAGCCUUCAUAACCAACCCAUAAAGUAAAAUGUAACAUCCAUAUAUGACCAGCAAUGUAAACUUUAACAUUGAUUUAUCCUGCAAUAGAUGUGGUUCAAUUGGUAACCUACAUUUUUGUUUUCUUCUAAUGCCUCUUAAUUAAGGGGAAAGUCAUCCAAAAGUAUCCAAAUGUAAUCAGAUUACGUUACUGAGUUUGGGUAAUCCAAAAGUUACGUUACUGAUUGCAAUUUUGGACAGGUAACUGUAACGGAUUACAUUUAGAAAGUAACCUACCCAACCCUGACCUGAGUGCCGCAGCGGUCUAAGGCACUGCAUCUCAGUCCUAGAGGCGUCACUACAGACCAUGGUUCGAUCCCGGGCUGUAUCACAACUGGCCGUGAUCGGGAGUGCCAUAGGGUGGCGCACAAUUGUCUCAGCGUCGUUAGGGGAGGGUUUGGCCGGUGUAGGCCGUCAUUGUAAAUAAGAAUUUAUGCUUAACUGGCUUCCGGAGAUAAAUAAAAAUGUAUUUAAAAAAGAAAAACCUGGGUGGCUACUUUGAAGAAUCUCAAAUAUAAAAUAUAUUUUGAGUUUAACACUUUGUUUUUUAU